ACUCGGCUCCGUAUUUUCCGUGGUCUCGUAAAGUGCCCAAAAGGUUCACCUAGCGAACACUGAAAACUUGGAUAGAGCCGGAAAUUAACUCAAUACAAACCCUAAUAGCAGUGUAUGAUCCAAUCCUCUCUCGGCCAUCGGAUCCCCAAAAAGAACACUUACAGGUGCUAGACUUAAUGGAUUCCAACAUGCAAUCUCCAACCCCAGACAAUGUUGAGACAAAAGCGGCAUUCCGUAAACCUUCAAAUCAUGUAGCCAAUAGGAAGUACCGUCGCCGAUCUCCUGCUGAUGGAUCAUCUUCAUCUGAAGGGAGUCCUAAGAAUGAACGUGGCACUAGUCCAUUCUCUUCAAGGGGAGAUCCUGCAAAAGCUUCUGAGCAUCAACAUAGAAGGAAGGAUGAGAGAGAAUAUAGGGAUUCUGGUCGUAGUCAGUCUGGCAAAGAUUCAUAUCGACAUUCUGAUCGAUAUUCCUCUAGGAAUUCCCAUGGUUAUUCUAAGCACGAUGAGUACAGCAGACAUGAGAAGCGUGCAGAUGAUGAAGAGAGACAUUACCAGGGAUCAUCCCAUUCCGGUAUGGAAUCAAGGCGUGCUGGUCACUCUGAUCAUACAAGAGAAGAAAGUGAACGUGGUAGGUCAAGAGACUAUGUGCGAAAUGUAGACAAAUACUCCCGUGAUAGAUAUGAUGGUUCAGGGCAUAGAAGUAAGGAUAAAGAGAGAGACUCAUUUUCCCUAGACCGUCAGAAAUUUAGGGAUAAGGAUUCAUCUCCUGACAGAGCUGGCUCUGGUAGGAAACAUACACUCACAACCUCUGAAGAUAAGGAUAGGGACCGGCACAGGCAGGACAGAGAUGGUUGGGAUGAGAAAAGGAAUUAUCAUAGGAGUUCUGGAGACUACAAAAGUGAUCGUCGAAAUGAUUCUGGAAGGGAUCAUGAUGUGCAUCGCUAUAGAGAUUCUUAUAAGGAUGACCAAAAGGAUCUAAACGGUCAAAAGGAAAAGAAGAAACAUGAUGACUGGGAUGCUAACAGGGACAAGGAUAGAUAUGAGCAGAAUGAAGAUAAACCUGUUUUUGGGAGUGAAAAACAAGAGUCUAUAGCUAAAAAGCCCAGGUUAUUUAGCUCUGAAAGGGAUGCUGAUUACAAUAAAGAUGGUGAUGAAAAGCAAUCUUCAAAGCAAGUUGGGGUUGAUGCUAAAGUCAUCGGAGGAGAGGCACAUGUGAAUAACUCGGAGGGUGCCAAUGACCUAAAUGCAGCAAAGGUUGCUGCAAUGAAAGCUGCUGAAUUAGGUACCUGAUGCCUUCAU